GGCAUUACCCACCACCCUCUCGUGGAGUACAGUCCGAUCAAGCGCCAGCGAUGAAGUACCAUUUUUUCCUGGGAUUCUUGGCAGUGGUGUCGGCCUACCCUGGAGUGAUCCACGAUGAGCCCCAGUUGGAGGAGAAGUUCGACCACCAGGCUAUAAUCGGAGAAUCAGCACACCAUCAUCAUGUAGAGCAUGAGCACGCAAAGUCACACCAGUCGAUCAAGUUUGAACAUUUCCAUCCUGUGCCUGUUUACGUAAAGAAGGAACAUAGCCAUCUGCUACAUCACCCGUUGGAAAAGGGCAAGUCUGAGCAGGCUCUGAAACAGAUUCACCCGGAAACUCAACACCAUCACGGACACGGUCUCGUGUUGGAAGACCACAGAUUUGAUACCGAACACUUCGCAGCUCAGCUACAGCACGGUCAUGGUUUAGAGCACGGCGGCUUAGAGCAGGGUGGUUACGAGCAACUCGGUCAGGGUUACGAGCACUUGGGCGGCGGUUUUGAAGGCAGCGAAGGUCUGAAAGCGUACGCAGAGCUUCAGCCAGCUGAGGGCCACUACUUGCAAAGCCACUCUUUCGGCGGAGACAGUGGAGAAGGCUACAAAUACGAAGGAUACUAACUGCAUUUAAUUUAAAACUCGUAUAACCGUGCCCAUGUGGAGAAAUCCUUAAAAGUAUUUUAGAUCUAUUUCUUGCCUGUCGAUACUAGUA